AGCAACAAGAGGCGGCAAGAGGAUGUGGGGACCCGGAAGUGAGAGGCUGGGGCCCGGCUAGACCUGGGGUGUAUUGGUUUCUCUAUCUCGCCGAGGGUUCCCACUUGGCCCUCAGUAAGGGUCAAGACGCAGGGACUAGUACCAAAGGGGAGCAAAGCAGGGCUCUGCCCGAGGCCCCUAGGACCUCUGUCUCCCAAUGUCAGAGGUAGGAGGUCUUAUAGCUCCCGCGCGCUGGAGUUAGAAAGUGGCUUUCUACAAUCUAGCUUGGAGGAGGGACCAGAGAAGGGCGGGUGCUGACCCUUAGAUGCCAAGAGGUCUGACCCCUUAACACUCUCAGGGGUCUAGCCUGUACUCCACUGCCUUGGCUAGUGUCUGUGUCCUUAAACUAGAGUGCCCGUUUCUAAACCUGGUCCUAACAGUCUCCUAGCUGUGUGGCCUCCUGCAAGUUAUUUAGUCUUUCAGAUCCUCACUUUUCCCAGCUGUAAGACAGUACCUACGGCUAAGUGUCGUGAGUUAUGAGGCCAAACUGACUAGUUCCAAUCCCAGCUCUACUGAGCUAGUUGUGACUUUGGACAGCUACUUGUUAUUUCUAACCUUCAUUUUCCUCGUGUGUAAGAUGAGAAUGAGAGUUAUUUCAUGGGUUGUUUCAAAAUUAAAUGAGUUGUCUUUCGUACAACUUUGGAAACAGCCGUAUAUCAAUGUGUGUCAAUAAACAGAAAUAAUAGUAUUUUCUACGGCUGUGAAGGCAGGAGAAGUGGAAAAUUAGACUUCUAAGCCUAUGAACUAUGCAGUUUGUUUCACAUCUCUUGCCUAGACAGGCAGAAUAUAUUGGAAAGGGGUGUACCUCCAAAAAAGAUAGUGACCAGGACAGGCUUCUUGUAACCCCUUUCCACAGCAUGAUCACUCUGAAGAUUUUCUAGGUUUUUCCACUGUUUCUGAAUCCGUUUUAACCUUACUGCUCCCGUGCAUAUAGAUUUAACCUGAUAUGUGCCGGAUCCUUUGCUAGUCAUGAAGAUUUAAGACACCCUGUCAGCCCUCCGAGAGUUCAGUUUAGAAGAGCAGGUUUGUUAAAGCACAGACUCUAAUUCUAGAGGUCUGGGGUAGGACCCGAGAUUCUGCGUUUCUAACAAGCUCCCAGGUGAUGCUAAUGGAACUGAUUCGGGUUCAGCACUUCGAGAAGUAAUAUUUUACAAACUAGUGGACCGUGGAUGGCUACAGGCAAAGUCCGGGUUAACGGCCUGAAAAGUUGAGGUGGUCUCCGCCCCUUUGCUUGAUGUCGGAUUCCCUCCCAGGAAUCCAACACGUGACGGGUGGGAAAGCCCUCACCGAAUAGAAGAACUUUGUAAGCUCAGAAGAUGCCACCCGACCUGCCUUCCCUGCUGCUGCGGCUUGUGGUCCUACUGCUGCUGUCCCAGGCAGAAGCUCGCUCCUUCGUUGUGGAUCGGGAACAUGACAGAUUCCUCCUGGAUGGGGUCCCCUUCCGCUAUGUUUCUGGCAGCCUGCACUACUUUCGAGUACCGCCGGUUCUGUGGGCCGACCGGCUUCUCAAGAUGCAGUUGAGCGGCCUCAACGCUGUGCAGUUGUAAGAAGUGCUCGCGAGAGUUUUGUGGAAGCGAGGUUUCCUCUUCCUUAGAAUGGGGUUCCCCAGGAAAACUGACUUGGGUUUGAAAGGGUUUAAGCUCCAGGACUCCUCAGGCAAGGUUAUGUGCCUUGGAACUACCAUGAGCCAGAGCCUGGGAUCUAUAACUUUAAUGGCAGCCGGGACCUCAUUGCCUUCCUGAAUGAGGCAGCUAAAGUGAACCUGUUGGUUAUUCUGAGACCAGGACCUUACAUCUGUGCUGAGUGGGAGAUGGGAGGUCUCCCCUCUUGGUUGCUUCGAAACCCUAAUAUUCAUCUGAGAACCUCAGAUCCUGCCUUCCUUGAAGCUGUGGACUCCUGGUUCAAGGUCUUGCUGCCAAAGAUAUAUCCAUUUCUCUACCACAAUGGGGGCAACAUCAUUAGCAUUCAGGUGGAGAACGAAUACGGUAGCUACAAGGCCUGUGACUUCAAGUAUAUGAGACACUUAGCUGGCCUCUUCCGAGCAUUACUAGGGGACAAGAUCUUGCUCUUCACCACAGAUGGGCCUCACGGACUCAGAUGUGGCUCCCUUCAGGGACUCUAUACCACUAUAGAUUUUGGCCCAGCUGACAAUGUGACCAGAAUCUUUUCCCUGCUUCGGGAGUAUGAACCUCAUGGGCCAUUGGUGAACUCGGAGUACUAUACAGGCUGGCUGGAUUACUGGGGCCAAAAUCAUUCCACACGAUCCAGUCCAGCUGUAGCCCAAGGACUAGAAAAAAUGCUCAAGUUGGGAGCCAGUGUGAACAUGUAUAUGUUCCAUGGAGGUACCAACUUUGGAUACUGGAAUGGAGCUGACGAGAAGGGACGCUUCCUUCCAAUUACUACCAGCUACGACUAUGAUGCACCCAUAUCUGAAGCAGGGGACCCUACACCUAAGCUUUUUGCAAUUCGAAAUGUCAUCAGCAAGUUCCAGGAAAUUCCCUUGGGACCUUUACCUCCUCCCAGCCCCAAGAUGAAGUUUGGACCUUUGACUAUGAGCCUGGAUGGGAAUUUGCUGUCUUUCCUAGACUUUCUCUGCCCCCAAGGCCCAAUCCAUUCAGUUUUGCCAUUGACCUUUGAGGCUGUUAAACUGGACCAUGGCUUUAUGUUGUACAGGACCUAUCUGACUUCUCCUGUUUUAGAACCAACACCAUUCUGGGUGCCAAAUAAUGGGAUUCAUGACCGAGCCUAUGUGAUGGUAGACGGGGUAUUGAAGGGCGUUCUGGAGCGGAGUUUGAAACAAGAACUGUAUUUGACUGGGACAGUAGGGACCAGGCUGGAUAUAUUGCUAGAGAAUAUGGGGAGGCUCAGUUUUGGGUCUAACCACAGUGACUUCAAGGGCCUGUUAGAAGCACCACUGCUGGGGCAGACCAUCCUCACUGAGUGGAUGAUGUUCCCUCUCAAGGUGGAUAAGCUUGUAAAGUGGUGGUUCCCCCUGCAGCUGAUGAAAAGAGCCCUGCCUCAAGCUUCCUCUGUCCCUGCCUUCUAUUCCGCAAAGUUUCCAGUUUUCGGCUUGCUUGGGGACACAUUUCUCUAUCUACCUGGAUGGACCAAGGGCCAAGUGUGGAUCAAUGGGUUUAACUUGGGCCGGUACUGGACAAUGCGGGGUCCACAACAAACCCUAUACGUGCCAAGACUGCUGCUGUUUGGUAGAUCAAUCAACAAAAUCACAUUGCUGGAGCUAGAAAAUGUGCCUCAUAACCCCCAAGUCCAGUUUUUGGAUAAGCCUAUCCUCAAUAGCACUUUGCAUUGGGGGUAUAACUUUCUUCUCUCAGAAACACAAGGUUCCUUUGAACCAAUGGAGUUAAGUGGGCACUGAAAGAAAGAUGACCCUGGAGUCUGAGACACAGGGCAGCAUCCUUUGGUGAUGGCCACAGUGACCAUAAAGAAGGCUACAAUCCCUCUGACUGUAAGUACACACACAGUUUUCUUGCCAAACUUUAUUAUGAUUAAAAUUCCAAAGACAGUACUGGCUCCACACACCUUCGUGGCCCUGUCUUUGCCUCGAUUCCUGGGUGUCCUUCACCACCCAUCUUCCAAAUGUCAAGCUUCAUGAGGAGGAAGAGAGCUCUAGGUCUGGAUGUGUCCUCUUGGGACCCAGAGUUGGCCCAGGUGCUGAAAGAAAUCAAGAUGAAGGUCUCCCCGCCUGACUGCGAUGGUCUCGAAGGCAACGUGUGGAGCAGAAAGAGAAGUCGAGGUAGUGAAAGGGAAUGAGGCCUUGGAGGGACACUCCACAACUCCAGCAGCGUCUGAACAAAAGGAAGGAAAAUGAUUGGACAGGUACCCCACAAACUUUCCAUCUAAGUGUUGCCCAACCCUUAAAGGUCCCAGGGAAUCUCAAGUCCCCUCCGCCACCCUUCUGAACAUCAUGAAGGCACUCAUUCCCCUUACCCCAGAUGGUACUAUAACAUAGGAGCCCACCCUUCCACUCAUCCCCUGUCCCAUACCCAGCACUAGCAACUGCAGAGUCAGGAACUGGAGGGCUAGGGGCUCCCAACUGGGCAGCAAGUCGGCGCUCUGCAGCCAGAGCUCUCUACAAAACAGAACCAACCGAUGUUACAGACAAAAGUCCCAGAGAUGAACAGUGCACUCAGGAAAUGACGGCUCGGUCUGGGGAGGGGAGGUAGGCGCUUAUGAAAGCCCGGCAGUGCAAGACUCUGUAGCCUACCUUCUCCCGGUCACUGAGGGCAGCAAACCGCCGUUGUUCCUCUUGCUCUUGUUCUUCCUGCUCCCUCUGCUUCCGCUGCUGUUGCUCCCGUUGCCGUCGAGCUGCCUUCUGCUCUUUUUUCCUUGUAGCCUGCCGGGCCUCCAUUUCUUGAGUCAAUGGCCCUGGCACCUGGAAGAUUUCACAAAGAUAUUAUAAAACUACAAGGAAGCAGAAAGAACCUAUGAGGAUCUCUGAUGCCCUCCGCUCUGUAGCUCCUUUUCCAGCUCACCCGAGCCUUGUUGUAAUCAUAGGCAUCAAGAUUCUUCUCCAUGAACCUCCGGAAUUCAUUACGCGUUGAUUUGUCAGCUGCUACAGUAUAAGGUGGCCGAGCCCUAGAGUCCCUAAGGAUAAAAACCCAAAACCAAGUUCAACUUGCUUCCUGUUUUUCCUGGCAUCACCCAAGGAAAUAGUAUCAAGUGCCAACAUGAGCUAGCGCAUUAAGUUUUCUAUACCUAAAUGGGGUCAGGAAGGAGAUACUCACUGCACAGUAGGAUCAGCACCUGCUUCCAACAGCAAACGAACUACUAAGCCUCUUCCAGCUGCGGCUGCUGCAUGCAGGAGAGUAAAGCCACCGGAGCCCAAAGGGGCAUUGAGCAGGGACUUAACUCCAGGGUCUACCAGCCCAGUGGCUAGCUGCAGCUUUAGCACCUCAACUUCCCCAGCACGACAAGCAGCUAGAAGCGUGUCCCAGAGCUCUGGCUGACCAGGGGCUUUGGCCUCAUAGACCAAAGUAUCCAAUGGGGUUUCAACCUCUUGGGUUGGCUGUGAGAACGGCUCAUCUUGAGGUUGCUGAGGAAGAGGCCCAUGUGCCCCACACUGCUGCUCUUGACUUCUCUCCUUCUUCUUCCUCCUCCUCCUCCGCUUGGGCAGUACUUCAAAUUCACGAAGAUCCAGGGUCCCCAGGGUCAAUUCUACUAGCUCCAACUCUACUUCGGAACCAUCUUCUUCCUGAGACUCUGAACCUAGAAAAAGAUAGGAUCUUAGAUCUAUCUAAGGAAUAGGGAGAGGGUUGAAAGAUGUGUGCUUCCUCAGAUGGGUUUACAUUUAUAAAAGAUGCUCCAGAUGAUCCUGA